UAGCAGAAAGGUUUCUGUCGUUUCUGUUUAUUAGUGUUUGUUGGCCGUUUAAUUGGUGUAUUAUUAUUUUUGUUUUUGAUGAAAAAAAUAGUGUUUGUCGAAAAAAGGAAUUAAAGAAUACACAAAAUAAUUAAUGAUCAUCUGCAAUCUAAAACUUUUAAGAUGUCGGUUUCGAAAAAGCUUAAGGAAUGGUAUAUUUCCAUUGAAUCUCAUAAAUUUGAAGGUAUCGCGGAUGCAAUAAAGGAGCAUCUACCAGUGGCAAAUCCAAAAUACAAUAAUCAAAUUGAUAGUUUGGUAACACGUUUGACACGUUCUUAUAUGGACUAUCAUGAUAAAAAUAAAGGCGACGUUAAAACUGGUCUUGAAAUCUUUGAAUUGACCUGUAGUCUUUGCGACAGGUUCACUGAAUCCAGUAAUCCACCAAGAUUGCGUCCUGGCAUUUUUCACAUUACUCGAUGCCUUCGUGAAUUAAAACUUUAUUCCGAAUCCCAAAUAAUAUGCAAUUAUAUAAUGCCAGGGAAAAUUUUUUCCCCCGAUGUACAAGAUGUGGAUUAUUUUGUAAAAUUUUCUCAAGCAUGGCGUCAAAGCGUAGACAUGGAAAUAAAAGCCCUCUCAUCAAAAUUCGAUCUAAUGAAUUAUGACGUCCUUUUGGAAAUGAUAAAAUUUGAUUUUCAACUACUGAAAUUCGCCGAUAAAUUAGAAAAUCAUUCGAAAAUUUUAUUUGUAAGAAUACAAACAUACAUUGAUCAAAUAAUAAAAUCUGAUAGAGAAUGGACAGAGAGUAAAAUUCUAACAUUCCUUAAUUAUAUGGUUGAACAUAUUAGAAGUCUACAAGAUAAUUCGAAUUUGGAGAUUAAUCCAAUUAAUGUUUAUCCUGAAAUCAUUGAUAUAAUGCACUGUUUAUGCAUGAAAAUGAUGAAAGCUAAUAAAAUAAAGGAACUCUCGAAUUUUGUAAUUGAAUGUGCGAAAAAAUUUGAAAUUUUUAUUAAAAGUAAUAUUGAAGUAAGAAAAUCAUUUCUAUUACAUCUUGAUUAUUACAAAGUUUUUUUCAAACCUGUCGUUAAUUUUGAUGAAGACAUGUUUAAAGAAAUUUCCAAUUACAAAUGCCGAUUUGAAAGUAGAUUAAAAAAGUUUGGUCCGACAAAUCUUUUUAAAGCAAAUUCAUUGGAAAUCAGUAAAAGUCUCACGACAUUAUUCAAUUAUUGGUUAAAAUGUAUGAGUUGUUGUAAAACAGAAUAUUUCAAUAAGAUAUUUUUUGAAAUUGUUGAACUCGUCAAUCAUUCAGCAUCGCUUCUUGCGAGACAACGUAUAAGAUUUUGUAAAUGCGAUUUGACAGUUUGCACAGCAAAGUACAAUACCUACGAGCAAAUAAAUAUUAUUCAAAAAUGUGGAGUAUUUAUUUGUAUGAUUGAUAAAAAAGAAUUAACCGCUGAUUUAGUAAAAUUCAGCUGUAAUUUUAUAAAUGAAAUUAUUGUCGCGAUUUAUGAGUAUAAAGAAACAAAAUGUGGAUUGUAUUCUCAUCUUUGGUCAACGUGUGGUCAAGUUAUGUACAAUUUUGGUCUCUUGACGUGUUUGGAUUUUCUCGAUGAAAGCGCAGAAAUGAUGGCAAAUCUCCUUUCAUUCAUUAUUCAAGAGUAUGGACUUGAGUGUAAAAAUAAUUUUCUUCGUACGCCGAAUCCUUUAUCGUUGGUGUUACAUAAAUUAAGUGGUGUUUAUUAUCGAGCUGAAAAAUACAGAGAAGCGAUGAUUGUCACUGCAUUCAAUGGAUUAAUAAGUUACGACGAAGAUGAAGCAAAGGCAUUUAAAAUGUGGGCAAGUAUAAAGCAUAAAUGUAAAACAGAAUCGGAGGAUAUUGUUAAAAAAACAAUGAUAGCUUGUUUAAAGCACGAUAAAGAUACUAUCAAGGAACUUGGAGUGGAAAUUCAAUUAAAUGAUUAUAAUUUGGUGAAACUUUGUAUGAGAGAAAUUCAAGGAUUACAAAAUGCAAAAAUAAGUCUAACAGAGGCGAUAAAAGCAAGUUUAAAAGAAUUGAAUGGCUUGAGAAAAAAUACAAUGGAAUUUGUCGAAGGUGUUCAAUAUUUGGGUUAUCAUAUGAUUUAUUUUCGUGAUGAUUGUUCAAUUCAUGAAUAUUUAAAGAAGGCUGAAUGUUAUUUAUCAACAUUUGAUCAAAAAUCCAUCUAUAAUUUUUGUCUGAGGGCUAAUUUAAAAUUUUUUCAACUCAUGGAACAAUGUAAUGUAACUAGUAAAAAAAUUAAAGAGGAUAUAAAGAAGGCAAAAAAUAUUUUGCAAAAGGAUAAAAAUCAAAAUCAUGAUGAGACUAUUGAAGUUGAUGAAGUGGUUCCAGUUUAUAGGACAAUUAAUAUGAAACACGAUCAACAAAUUGCUUUGGAAUUGGAACAAAUUUUGCAAAGAUGGAAAAAGUUAUUCGCUAAAGAUCCGAAGGUAAUUAAUAAUUGCUGGGAGCCUAAAAUUACUCUCGAGAUAAUAAUCAUAGCCGGAGAAGUUGCACGAUUGUAUUUAUCUCAAGAAAACGAGAGACAAGCUUGGUUACUCGCUUACGAGUUAGCUACCGUCCUGCAAAAUCAUACUGCUUGUAUAUAUGUGACUGCCAGGAGUAUUUCUCUUCGAUACAUAAAUGAAAAUUGGAUAAAGAAAGCUCACGAAUAUGCAGUUUCAUUAAAAACAUCAGAUGAUGAAAGUAAAAGUGUCCUGGGCAUGUUUUGGACGAAUUUAGCUGAUUUUUAUUUUGAAACAGGAAAGGUGAAAGAAGCAGUUACUUUAAUGAAUAAAGUGAAAAAUUUGGAUACUGUUAAACUAACAGGAGAUCCUGGAGUUUAUUUGGAUUAUAUGGAUACAAUUAUAAGAAAUUAUCAAUUCUACUCUGAGAAAGCGGAGCAAGAAGAGUAUUCCGAAUUUCUUGUUCAUCAUGUAUACUCCAUGGUUUCUGUAAAUGGAACUUUCUCCAUUGGAGGAAAGAAAAUGUACUACGGACUGAAUAAUCUGCUCGAUGGUGUAAACAAUAUGUCAUUGAUAAAAUUAAAUUUCAUUUCAUUUAGAGAAAUAUCGGCACAUUUAACACUUCGACUAGAAUUGGCGCAGUCACUUGGAGCAACAUUACGUGUUGCUGAAUGUCUCAAGUCACUUUGCUACGUUGACUUGAAACGAUGGAAAUUGGAUGAUUGUGAAGUAAAACUUCAGGGUAUUGAACAAAUUCUCGAUGUUGAGGCAUUUGGAUUAUCAAUGAAAACGAAAUCCAAUGAAUUUAGGGAUGAACGUGCAAAUACAAUUUGUUCUUCGCGUCGAAUGGAUGUCGAUGAUCCUGUUCGCGAUGUAAUGGAAGAUAAUGCAUCGCCAAUUCUUCGAAAGAAAAUUUUUGUACCUCCUGAAUUUAUGCUUCAUGACAAAUGCGAAUGCUAUCGGUGUUUAAAUAUUCCCUAUCAGCAUUUAAUUUUCUCCUGUACAUUUAUUCGUGCACAAAUGUACGCUUUGAAGAAAUAUUCUUUAUUGGCAUUGCAACAUUAUCAAGGUGCAUUGGAUGUGAGAGCGAAGGUAUUGGCGAGGGAGAAUAAAAGAAUUCUCAAGAAGAAUGAUGAUAAAUUCGGAAAGUAUUAUCAUUGGAGGAAGUAUUACACGACGGUGGAUUAUGUUAUGAUGUUAAUUGACUUUAGUAAAUUUCUCAUGUAUCACGAAACAGAACCAAGGGAAAUGGAUGCUAUGGAAAUUGCUUUUGAAGCAAUCAACAUUUGUCAGAAAUACAAUUUACAAACUCAUCCAGUGUUCACUGCCGCGAAUGAACUUUUAUUUUCCUAUCGUUUACAAAAACUCGAUCCAUCUUUUAAAGGUUUUACAGUUCCUGAUGUCGCUGAUAUUGAUACUUCUGAUUUGGUUGAUCAGCAGAAAGAUGUUUGUACAAUGAAAUCUUGUGCGACACCGUCUCAUUCGAAUGAUUUGCCACUGAAGGGCGUACAUAGAAAGAAAACACCACCACUUUUACCUUUGAGAAAAGUUCAUAUGAAUUUGAGUGACAGUGAAGAUGAAGAAUUAUCAUCGACGAAGGAGAAAAAGCAAACUAGAAGAAGACGACUUAUAAUUGUCGAUGAGGAAUCAUCACAGUCGGAAACUGAUAAUGCAACAUCUAUUCCACCACCAAUUUUAAAGUUACCAGAAAAAUCAUCGUCGAGACGAACGAAGAAAAUUGUCGUCGAUGAAAUUGAUACAAUAAGUGACUCUAUGACGAAAGUUUCCAUUACUUCGGCAACAUCUGAUUUGAGUGAAGAAGCACAAAGUAAACGUUAUACAUGGAGGAAGAAGGUUGCAGUUUCAGCGCCCGAAGACAACUCUAUUCCCUCUACUUCCUCGGAAAUUAACCCACUAAGUGACUUUGGAAAAAAAAUUACCAUUUCUUCGGCGUCAACUCAAGUCACUGGAGAAUCAAAAAAUAAACGAUUGUCAUCGAGAAAUAAAGUUGCAGUUUCAGCGCGAAGUGAAUCAUCAAGAUCGAAAACGAAAAAAGUGCCUGAAGACAACUCAAUACCUUCUACUUCUGCGACAAGCGAAAAUAAACGAUUGCCAACUGGAAAUAAAAUGUCAACUUUAAUUGCUACGUCAGAUAAUGAAAGUCUACCGAACAAACGACUGUCAUCUAGAAAUAAAACCACAAAAUCAAAAGCUGUUGAGUCGAAAGAGAAAAAAUUGUUAUCGACUGAUGAAGCAGAAUUCUCUGGCGACUCACUUUCUUCCACUUCGUCAAGUGUUGGAAAUUCGCAGAGGAGAAGCAAAAGAUUGGCUACCAAAGAUGUUAAGAAUAAUGAAAAAGGCUUCAGUUCAGAUAGAUGCUCAUCGCCAGAUCUUUUUCUAACGGAUGAUGAAUUUAGUUCAAAGAAAUAAAAAGAAUAUUAUUAAUAAAAUUCCAUCGGUUAAAGAAUUUUAUUUUUAAAAAAUAGGUAUUAGUGUUAGAUUAAAUAAGUAAACUGAAACAAGAGACAAUAAAAGUAAUAAUAGUUGAAAUAUGUUUAAAAGUUAGUAAAUUGAAAGAAUAGUGUAAAUUCAGAGAUCUUAGAGUUAUUUCAGAAAUAGUGAUAUAAUUGAAGGGCUACAUAAAAUAAGGGGACGAACGCGUGGUUGAAAGGGAUAAUAUCAGUCAGGUAGCAGCGAGCGGC